GUUAUAGUCUUGGUAUCGGUUUUCUUAGCCAUUGUGCCUUUUGUUUUCCGAGUGAAGAAUAAGAAAGAAUGGUUCCACUUGGCACUCGUUGUUUUAGUGAGCGGGUGCCCGUGCGCUCUCCUUCUCUCGACUCCAGUUGCUAUGUUCUGUGCCUUAUCAAAAGCAGCCACUUUUGGCGUGCUUUUCAAAGGAGCCGAACAUCUCGAGACUCUAGCUCGGAUAAAGAUUAUGGCUUUGGACAAAACCGGGACUAUAACCAGAGGAGAAUUUGUCGUGACCGAUUUCAAAUCUUUGCUCGAUGAUGAUAUCGACUUGAAUUCACUGUUAUAUUGGAUCUCGAGCAUAGAAUGCAAAUCGAGUCAUCCAAUGGCAGACGCUGUAGUCGAGUUCGCAAGAUCGCGUGGAGUCGAGCCGAUUCUUGAUAAAGUCAAAAACUUUCGAAACUUUACCGGUGAAGGGAUUUAUGGAAAUAUCGAUGAUAAGGAAAUAUAUAUCGGGAACUCGAAAAUCACAUCAAGAGCUGGGUGUACUGCAGUUCCAAGAUUAGAAGGCCUCGAUUUAGAAGGAAAAUCGGUCGGUUAUGUCUUCUUGGACUCGUCUCUAGCUGCCAUUUUCUGUCUAUCCGAUAUAUGCCGAACGGGUGCAAAAGAAGCCAUUCAAGAACUCAAAUCAUUAGGCAUCAAAACCGUAUUGCUAACCGGAGAUUGUCAUGGAGCGGCCAACCGUGCACAAGAGCAGUUAGGAGGCUCGUUGGACUCGAUCCAUGCCGAGCUUCUCCCCGAGGACAAAUCAAGAAUUAUCAAAAGCCUACAAACCGAAAGCCCAACAGCUAUGGUCGGUGAUGGGCUUAACGAUGGGCCUGCCCUGGCCACGGCCCAUGUUGGGAUCUCGAUGGGAGUUUCGGGCUCGGCCCUUGCAGCCGAGUCAGGGGAUAUUGUCCUCAUGUCGAACGAUAUCCGGAAGAUUCCGGAAGCUACUCGAUUGGCUAAGAGGGUCCGUGUCAAGAUCAUCGAGAAUGUGAUAAUAUCCGUCUCGACUAAGGCCGCGAUAUUGGGCCUGGCAGUGGCGGGCCACCCACUCGUCUGGGCUGCUGUGCUGGCAGAUGUGGGGACGUGUUUGGUGGUCAUUUUUAAUAGCAUGUUGUUGUUGAGAGGAAGGCGGGAAAAAAAAUGUUGCAGUUCCAAGGGUCGGAAUCGGAAGUCGAAAUGCUCGACUAAAAGACAUGAACACGAUAACGAAAUGCAUCGUCAUUCGCAUGAUCAUCAUCAUAAUCAUCAUCAUAAUCAUCAUCAUGUCCACGUGUCGGAUGAGCUGGCAUUAUCAUCGGACGAGAAGUGCUCGGAAAAUCAAUGCUCGGGUGGUCGGGAAGUGAACUGUUGCAGGCAAGAAUCGAGAAAUUGGGAGAAGAAUUCAGAGGGUGAAGAAGAACAUGUAGUUAAGUCGUGUUUGGCUACGCAUAAAAAUUGCUGCGAAAGCUACAGUAAAGGAUUGCAGGAAAUUCCGGUUUUCAAACUCCUAAUCAACCCCAACUGCAUUGUUUUACACUAUCUGAAACUCUGGUUCGGAUAUAAUAUCAGGGCCUUCGACAAAACCGGGACUAUAAUGCAGGGGAGAAUUUCUCGAGGAUAUGAUUUGUAUGAAGCAUACAGUGCAAAUCAACUUAUCAAGUCAUACUAUGGCGAAACUGCUUUGAUCGACUUUGGUGCAGAGCACAUGGAGUCGAGCAAGAGCCCGACACAGUCAAAGAACUGCAAAAUUUUCCCGGCACAGAGAAUGUAUUGGAAACUCGAGAAUCGCUUCCCGGGCACGCGCAAAACUGACUUGCAUUUGACAAACGAUGUUCGGAAGGUUCCGGAAGCUUCCCUUCUCUUGCAAGAGGAUACAGCUCAAGAUGGUGAAAGAGAUGAUGAAGUUCUUUUGGUUAUCUGUAGGAGAAAAAUUAUUAGAUUUUUUAUGUCACUUCUAUUUGAGAUUUGA